AUGCCCGGCCCCGAGCUGAGGACGGAGAGCCCGGAGGACAAAUCCCCCCGUGAGACCCUGGUGGGAGAGGCCGUUUUGAAGGGCUCCCCGGCGCAGGAAGGCAGCGGGGAGGAAAAGGGCCGGAGAUCCCCCCGCAGGAGGGGCUCCAAAGCCAGCCCAGGGUGCUCUGAGGAGGAAAGAGCCAGCCUGUGCUGGGAAGGUGGCCAGAGCUUGAACCAGAGCAAUGACCUGGUGGUCCCUGAGCAGCCUCCAAGCAGGGAGAAGCCCUUCAGGUGCUUGGAAUGUGGGAAGAGCUUCAGGAAAAGCUCCAACCUCCUCACCCACCAGCACAUCCACACUGGGGAACGGCCCUACACAUGUAGGGUAUGUGGGAAGAGCUUCAGGGACAGCUCCAGCCUGAUCCGACACCAGCGCAUCCACACUGGGGAACGACCCUACUCGUGUGGGGAAUGUGGGAAUAGUUUCAGGGACAGCUCUGACCUGAUCCGACACCAGCGCAUCCACUCUGGGGAACAGCCCUACAUGUGCUUGGAAUGUGGGAAGAGGUUUCAGACCAGCUCCAAUCUCCUUGUGCACCAGCGGACGCACACGGAUGAGAGGCCCUUCCGCUGCACCGACUGCGGGAAGGGCUUCAACCGGAACUCCCACCUCAUCACCCACCGGCGCAUCCACACCGGGGAGAAGCCCUACAAGUGUGGGGAGUGUGGGAAGAGCUUCUCCCACAGCUCAACCUUGAACAGACACCAACAGACCCACCAGUAAGGGAAGCCCUACAACUGCCCUGACUGUGGGAAGAGCUUCAGCCGCUGCUUCCACCCUGAAUAA